AUGAGUAUAAGGCUUCAUGCCAGAUUCUGCUUUUUCAUGGUUACCUCGAAUGGAGAAAACCUUCAGCUGGUGAUUGAUGCCAAGGAGGUAGGGAAAGACCAAAUAAUAAAAUUCCUUAAGAGGGGGGACAUAGUAGGGUUUACUGGAAAGCCUGGGAGAACAAAGACCCUCGAGUCCUCUGUAUUUGUCAGUGAGGUCAUUAUUCUUUCUCCAUGUCUGAGAACUGUUCCCACAGAGCAUUUUGGACUAAAGGAUGCAGAGACCAUCUACAGAAGGAGGUACAUGGAUCUCUUGAUCAAUAAGGAGUCGAAGGAAAGGUUCCAGAAGAGAACACAAAUAAUUAGGUACAUCAGGAGGUUUUUGGAUUCCAGAGGGUUCCUGGAGGUUGAGACACCGAUGAUGAACCUGAUCCCUGGAGGGGCUGCGGCAAAGCCCUUUGUCACUCACCAUAACGAACUUAAACUGGAUCUUUACAUGAGGGUAUCUCCUGAGCUUUAUUUGAAGAAACUUGUUAUUGGAGGCCUUGACAGGGUAUAUGAGAUAGGAAAGCAGUUCAGAAACGAGGGGAUUGACCUUACUCAUAACCCCGAGUUUACAUCCUGUGAGUUUUACAUGGCCUAUGGUGAUUAUAAUGACCUUAUGGUGAUGACGGAGGAGCUGAUGAGUGGGAUGGUUAAAGAGAUGUUUGGAACAGAUACGAUAGUAUACAGUCCAAAGAAAAGAGAAGAAAGAUCUGAGUCCGUGGAGUUGUCAUUCAAAAGACCUUUCCGAGUUAUUAGUAUUAUUGAGGAGCUUAACAGCCGUCUUGGAUUGGAUCUCAGCGGGGAAACUCUCGAUAGCCCGGAAACUCUGGAAAAGCUUUUAGAAGCUUGUGAAAAAGAAGGGAUACAUGUCGAGAAACCUCGUACAUUGACAAGAGUGCUUGAUAAGCUGAUCGGACAUGUGAUUGAGCCUCAAUGUGUGAAUCCAACUUUCAUCAAGGACUAUCCAAUAGCGAUGUCUCCACUGGCCAAGAACCAUAGGUCCAAACCUGGGCUUACCGAAAGGUUUGAACUGUUCAUUAAUUGUAAGGAGGUGUGUAAUGCCUAUACGGAGCUGAACAAUCCCUUUGAACAAAGAGAAAGGUUUAUUCAACAGGCACAAGACAUGAAUGCCGGGGACGAUGAGGCGAUGAUGAACGAUGAAGAUUUCUGCACAGCUCUUGAGUACGGUCUUCCACCUACUGCAGGAUGGGGACUGGGGAUUGAUAGGCUUAUAAUGUAUUUGACCAAUGCAGCAAACAUUCGAGAUGUGAUUUUCUUCCCCACGAUGAAGCCUGAAUAA